UCAUUGUUUGUUGUUAUUUUUAAUUAACAAUCUUAUACACGCAUACUGAAGAGUGAAGAGCUUAAGCAAGCUAGCACUCACACAUUGUUUGUAGUAUUCUCUUUUAACUAUAAAUAAAGGCUCCUAGUUUCACAUUCCAUGCACUUUACAUUUUCAAGCACAAUACCUCUUUCAAACUCUCUUUGCUAUGGCUCUCUCAAAGCUUCUAGUUGCAUCCCUUCUGGUAUCCUUUGUCCUCUUCCAUCUCGUUGAUGCUGAUGAUCAAUCGGCAUACGCACAGACUCAGGGUUCUCUUGUUCAGCAGAUAGAUUGUAAUGCUGCAUGUGCUGCGAGGUGCCGUUUAGCAUCUCGUCAGCGCAUGUGCCACAGAGCGUGUGGAACUUGCUGCAGACGCUGCAACUGCGUGCCACCGGGAACUUCCGGUAACCAAGAAGUGUGUCCCUGUUAUGCCAGUCUCAGAACCCACGGGGGCAGACGCAAGUGCCCUUAAUUAGGGUGUGAUACCUUCCAACCCAUGCAAGUUAUUACAUAUACAGAUAAAAUUGUCAGUGUUGUUCCAAGACUACUAGCGUUGGUGGAAAAUAAACCUGUAUGUUUUCAAUGCAUGUUGAGUCGUUGCGAGAAUUUGUGAGUGUUAUGCUUUCUCUUUAUCGCCUGUUGUAUCGAUCAUCAAACUUAUAUAAUAAUAAAGCUUCAUUGUUUUGCUAUUUUGGGUUAA